AUGGCUGACCCUAAAAAUCCUAUCAUCAUCACUGAACCUAAAGCUAUAAGCCAAGCUUCUUCAUCGUCAGUUACUGUUGCACCAGCUCGCACGUGCGGUGACAGUCUCUCUGCCUCUGUCACGUGUGAAAACCCUUGUCCACUUGCUACUACUAUCACUACGACUACGACUACGACUACUGUUUCUUUUGCGGCUGCUUCUUCUACUACAAGUGGUAAUGUCAUCACCACAUUAAUGGCCACUGACGCCGCCACCGUCUCUCGCCGGAAAAAGCAUCCGGUUUACCGGGGCAUCCGUUGCCGGGGUGGGAAAUGGGUAUCAGAGAUCCGAGAGCCUAAGAAGACUACACGUGUCUGGCUCGGGACUUAUACGACGCCGGAGAUGGCUGCUGCGGCCUACGACGUGGCGGCUUUAGUUCUUAAAGGAGAGGAAGCGGUCCUGAACUUCCCGGACUCCGUAGGGUCUUACACUCUUCCGGUUUCCUCCUCCGCAGCUCAUAUCAGAAUCGCUGCGGCUACCGCUGCUGCUACGGUUGGUGCUGCCGCUGCGGCUGCCAAUGCGGCUUUGAAGGAGAAGGAAAAGAAGGAAGAGGAAGUUUGCAAUGUGGCGGGAUCUUCAACUACAGAGUUUGUGGAUGAAGAAGAGCUGUUGAACAUGCCUGGUUUGUUAGUGGAUAUGGCCAAGGGGAUGAUGGUAGCUCCACCGUGGAUAGGAUCUCCUCCGUCGGAUGAUUCGCCGGAGAAUUCAGACGGAGAGAGCUUGUGGAGCUAUUGA